AUGUUCUGCCAAUACAGGCCUUUCAAAUUAUGCACUAGGAUGGAGGGGGAAAAACACGGCGAGGAAAGAGUAUGCAGGGAAAAUAUGCAGGGAAAAAAUGGUAUCUUGUGGGCCAGAUUUGCGAAGAUGAAAUGUCAACUCGCCAUGCAUACACAAAACUGUCCACCCGCUGAAACGCUUGCAAUCCCCACGAACAAAAGAGGCAGGGACCAUCCAUGA